CUCCCUUUCACUCCAUCUGUCUGUACUAGAUGACCUACUCAAGAACCAUCUAGGAGUAUCAAACCAUCAUUUUUUUCUAUAUAUAUUCUGGAAGAUCUAUUUGUUGCCUACAUUGAAGAUUUUUAAUUAAAGAGUCAGAAGAUUGUGUUUACAUAGCUUAACCUUACAGACAGUGUUCUUUGGAGGACAUUAAGUGUUGUACAGUCUAAAAUGGAACUACAGAAAACGUCAAACGGCCACCAUGAUCUCAGCCCUAACAGAAUUCCAGAGAAUGGAUUUGAUGCCCUUGAAAACAUGACAGAUGGGGAUAACUUCCUCCCCAAUAAAAGCAAUGGAAAGAUAGAGACUCAGUUUACAGAUUUCGAGGGAAAGACUUCUUUCAGAAUGUCUAUUUUCAACCUCAGUAAUGCCAUCAUGGGCAGUGGAAUUCUGGGACUGGCUUACGCCAUGGCCAACACCGGAAUCAUCCUUUUUGUAAUCCUGUUGAUAUCCAUCACUGUUCUCUCUGCCUACUCCAUCCAUCUGCUUCUGAAGACUGCAGGAGUGGUUGGCAUCCGUGCAUAUGAACAGCUCGGGUACCGUGCAUUUGGUCCACCUGGGAAAAUCUUAGCAGCAUGCAUUAUAACACUGCACAACAUUGGAGCAAUGUCCAGUUACCUGUUCAUUGUGAAGAUAGAGUUACCUCAUAUUAUUCAGGGUCUUAUGGAACUGCCAGAUAACUCAACUGACUGGUUUGUUGAUGGGAGGUGUCUCAUCAUUAUCGUUAGUGUCACCGUCAUUCUUCCCCUGGCGCUUAUGAAACGACUUGGGUAUCUGGGCUACACCAGUGGUUUCUCUCUCAGCUGCAUGGUCUUCUUCCUCAUAUCUGUUAUCUACAAGAAGUUUGUCACAGAGUGUUCUUUAGAACACAGCUAUAAUGAAACUGGUGUCACUGAAAGCAUAUACAACUCUACCGAUGACACGUGUGAAGCCAAAUUUAUAACCAUCAACCCACAGACUGCUUUUACCAUUCCCAUUAUGGCAUUUGCUUUUGUGUGUCACCCUGAAGUGUUGCCCAUUUACACAGAACUCAAAAAUCCAAACAAGAAACGCAUGCAAAAUGUUGCUAAUAUCUCUAUUUUGGCCAUGUUUGUCAUGUAUCUGCUGACUGCCAUCUUUGGCUACCUCACCUUCUAUGGAAAGGUGGAUUCAGAGCUUCUGAAGAUGUACAGUAAAAAAGACACCCUGAUGCUGUGUGUUCGGCUGGCUGUGCUGAUAGCAGUGACGCUGACCGUUCCAGUGGUCCUCUUCCCGAUUCGUCGUGCCGUCUUGCAGCUUCUUUUCCCUGAUAAGCCUUUCCACUGGAUGCAUCACAUCUCCAUCGCUGUGUGCGUCCUCUUCUUUGUCAACCUGCUCGUCAUCUUCGUGCCCAACAUUCGUGACAUCUUUGGCUUCAUCGGUGCCACAUCUGCUCCCAGCCUCAUUUUCAUUCUUCCGGGAAUAUUCUACAUUUGCAUCGUCCCUGAAGCACAGGAGCCGUUGAAAUCUUGGCCAAAAAUCCAGGCGAUUGUGUUUGUGACACUGGGUUUCAUCUUCAUGAUUAUGAGCAUUACGUUCAUCAUAAUAGAGUGGGUCAACGGAAAGAAGACGUCGGGUGGCCACUGAAAGAGCUACAACUGGAUUACAAUACUUAAAAGACCAAAAUCUAAUACAGAACCCAAACUCCUGAACCUGAAACCUCUGAAACAGGUUCAGUUUAAUUUACUUUGAUCGAUUAAUAGAACUCCUUAAUUUCAGUAUGUCCAAAAUAAAGUGGCUAAUUACCUAAAUUCAAGAUGAAUGCAAAAAAGAGAGGUAACAUAUUGUCUUGACACAUUAGGGUAAUGAUGCUCUAAGAACAUUUUGAAAAUAUUUUAUAAACAGGGGUGCACAUAUGUGGUACGCAGGUGUGCAUGUGGGACCAAAAUAAAAUCUGCGCUGUGUAAAUAAGUUCAGACCGCUCAUUUGCAUACCGACAUGGUUGACAGCUGUUCUAGAUAUACAAACUGCAAUACUGUAUGAGAUUUCUAUUUGAACUGAAAGCAUAAAUCGAGGCUAUCCACUGCCGUUUUCAAAGCACAAUGCAAAACUGUGACAUUUCCUUCACUAAUGCUCUUCAUGCAGCAGCGCAUUUAGCCUAUAUAGGCUACUUGCCGGCAACAUGCUAAAAUAAAAGCUUGUUGAUUUUAAGUUUGAAAAUGAUGAAAAUG